UGUUAGGCUGUGUCUGGUGGCGCUCAGUUUGACUAUCUAAGCAUGCCGAACAAACCGAAGAAGAUUAUAAAGGCCAAAAAGAUCAAGGAGAUUAUCCCCCAGGAACCUGAAAUACCAACUGUCCGAAAGGGAAAGCCUUCAAAAGUUGCCCCUCUACCUGAGAUAGCUAAGAAGACAGCAGCCAAGAAAGUUGUUGUCAAGAAUCCACUCAUCCAGCGUCGCCCUAAAAACUUCAGUAUUGGUCAGGAUAUACAGCCGAAAAGAAAUCUUUAUCGGUUUGUGAAGUGGCCCAAAUAUGUUGAACUGCAACGUCGGAAGGCAGUACUCAAGAAGCGAUUGAAAGUCCCACCUCCAAUCCACCAGUUUUCACAAACGUUAGACAGAAACUCUGCGAAUCAAAUUUUCAGCUUGGUUGGAAAGUAUGAGCCUCUUAGCAAGAGAGCUAAGAAAAUGCUCUUGGUUCAUCGGGCUCAACAGCGCGCCGAAGGUAAACCUGACGAGCCAGCAGCCCGUAAGCCUACCGUGAGGUCUGGCAUUCGUGAAGUGACAGCUGCCAUUACACAGAAGAAAGCUCGCCUGGUUGUAAUAGCACAUGAUGUAGAACCUAUCGAAAUUGUGUUGUUCCUUCCAGCACUCUGCAGGAAAAUGGGUGUACCCUACUGUAUCGUUAAAAGCAAAGCCAAACUAGGACUACUGGUCCAUAGGAAGACUUGUACUUGUCUGGCUCUUACCAAUAUUAGAGAAGAGGACAAAUCUCGAUUAACCAAAAUAGUUGAAAUGGUGAAGAACAAUUAUAAUGAUAGAUACGAAGAGAUCCGCAAACAUUGGGGUGGCGGUGUUAUGGGUUCCAAAUCCAUUGCAAGACAAAUUAAGAUUGAGAAGGCAAAGAAGAAGGAGUUGCAAAUCAAACUGGGUUGAAUUUAAUUUUUCAAUAUAUGCUUACGGAAAGAGUAUUUGUUUUUAUUAGGGAAUGGCAAUUUUUGAUCUUGGGAUAUAUAUUAUUUUACUCACCGCAACAGUGCUUUAAGAUGGUUUUCUGUUAACACGUAGACUGCAUGUAGGCUUUAAUAGUCUGAUGACUAGGAUGAGUGGUAAGGUAGCAGCCUGUGCAGUAACCCACUGUCUCUUGGAUGC